CGACAAGGCGGAUUUCGAGCCGAGUCGGUCGUCAAAGUCAACAAUAAUAGCAACGCGCAUGAUGGCGACAUCGGCCAGUUGAGCAGCAGCGAGGAUAUAAAGCGCGUCGUCUCGAGCAAGCAAGCAGCCUCAACACCAGCACAAUGACAGUCCCAACCCCCGCCGUGCCCCUCCCACCCGUCGCCGUGCAAUGGGACGGCGCCGAGCCGUACCUCACCCCACCGACGCGCCCAGAGCUCCGCCUCACGCCAUACCGCGACACUGCGGCCGAGGUCGCCGGCCUCAUCGCGCUCAACAACCACCCCGAGGUGGGCAAGUGGUCCCAUGGCCGGCCGUACCCUUUCACCGAGGACUCAGCGCGCACAAGGCUCGACAAUAACCUGUCCAAGCAGGCCGCGGCGGUCGCCGAGCUGCAAGAGAACCCAGAGGCGAAGAUCGCAACGACGCUGUUCAGCGUCAUCCGCUCCGACGAGAGCGACUACAUCGGUGACCUGAUGGCGCGUCCCGUUGAUGAGGCGACGGGGCGCUGGGCCGCAGCGUACGCUGUCCACCCCGACUUCCACAGCCGGGGUAUCGGCACCGCGGCCGUCGCGACCGUCCUCGCGUGGGCGAAGAGCAUGGGCGCGAAGAGCUUCGAGAUUACUAUCGAGACGGCAAACCCGGCCUCCUCGCGCCUCGCGCAGAAGCUCGGCUUCACGCGCGACAAGCUCGAGCUCAUCGACUGGCCCGAGCACCAUGGCGGCGGGCAGCGCGAGGUCGCAACGUGGCAUCAUCCAGGCCACGCUCGCCUCGCAACCAUGGUCUCGUCAGCGCUGAGCACGCCAGGCGUCGGCCCUCCCGCGCCGCCCGUGCACUGGGACGACGCCGCAGACGAGCCGUACCUCGAGCUCAGCGUCCCAGGCUAUCGGGUCACAUCGAACCGCGACACGCCGACCGAGGAGGAUGAUCUGAUUGAGAUCAGCAACCUGCCCGAGGUAUCGCGAUACGCGUUCGUCCGCCCGUUUCCCUAUGACCGCGGGCAUGCGCGCGCGUGGAUCGACAAGUCGCAGGUCACGACGCACGACGCGGUCGCGGCGCUCAAGGCCGACCCGGGCGCCGAGGUGGACACAUCGCCCUUCUGCGCGAUCCGCGACGCGGCCGGCCGGCUCGUCGGCGACGUGGGCAUCUGGUCCGACAGCAACGAGACGCGCCCGUACGCCCGCUCGCUGGGAUACACGCUGCACCCGAAGCUGCACCGGCAGGGCAUCGGCUUCGCGGCCGUCGGCGCCGUGAUCGCGUGGGCGCGCGCCAAGCUGCAGGGUGUGAAGGUGCUCGACGCGGGCAUCGAGGAGGACAACACGGCGUCGCAGGCGCUAGCGACCAAGCUCGGCUUCACCAAAGUGCUCACCAAGACGGUGAGCUGGCCCGAGGACAAGGGCGGGGGCACGCGCGAGGUCGGCAGACAAGAAUGCACCAAUGACGUCGGUCGGUCGAUCCUGCGGGCGGGCGGUGAUGAACCGCUAAGCAACGGCUACAUGACUGCUGGCGUGCAGUGGGACGACACAACAGGCGAGCCGUACCUCGACCUGCCGGGGCACCCGGGGGUGCGCAUUACGCCGUACCAUGACACGCCGGCGGAGGAGGACGCGUUGAUUGAGAUCAGCAACCUGCCCGAGGUCGGGCGGUGGUCGUACGGGCGGCCGUACCCCGACUACACGCGCGCAGACGCAAGAGAACGGCUGGACGAGCUCGUCGCCCCACAAGCCGCCACCGCUGCAGCGCUCCGCGAGAACCCAGCAGCAGUGGUCACCACGUGCCCGUUCGCAGUGGUGCGCGACGACACCGGCGCCUACCUCGGCGAGGUGUACGUCUGGCCCGACAACGAGCGGGAGGGGUUCCUAGAGCUCUCGUACUCGCUCUUCCCGCGGGUGCAAGGGAGGGGACUCGGCGCAGCAGCCGUGCGCCGCAUCGUCGAGUGGGCCGGCCCCGCGCUCGGCGCGCACACGGUAGAAGCGAUGGUGGAGACGGUCAACGCGCCCUCUAACGCGCUCAUGGCCAAGCUUGGCUUCUACAAGGCUGAGGUGCGGGCGGUGCGCUGGCCUGAGGAGAAGGGCGGCGAGGAGCGCGAGUGCGCGUUCUGGCGGCGGGACUUCCCUGCCCCACAGAUGCAUGCUUCCAUCGGCUACUACGAGUCGGCGAGGCAGUCUUGGCAAGCUGCUCGCCGCGCGACAUCGGCGGCACGCAUGCGCACGCCGGCGGCCAGCGUGGCCGACCCCACGACAAGUGGCGGUAGAAUCCCGGCCGAGAUACUUGCCUGGGGCAACUAA